AUGACAGCAAAAGUGAUUUACUUCACUGUGGAUGGCAAACCUGAGCAGGCAGAAAUCUGGAGUGACUGCCCAUCACAAGAUGUCAAAGAUUUGUUUCGAGCUGCAGCAGAGGCUGGACCCCAUGAUAUUUUAAAACUCUACAACACAAAAGGGAACAUCGUAAACAUCUCCCCUGAGUUGGAGGGUAACACCCCAGAAACCCGCUACAGGCUGCAGGUCGUUGCUGCUGACUGUAUCAGUUCAGAAUUUGCUGCUUCACUGGGCUUUGAUCUUUCUGUCAUGGAGAAAAGACUUCAGGAACUAGAGAAAAAGAUCUCAUUUGAAGCUGGGGAAAUACCUACCAUUGUGUAUGACACGAAAAACAGAGUGGAAUCUUUUAGACACAAACUUGAGAGUGUUGAGCACCUUAGCUGGUUGGGCCUAUUUAAAGAUCUCAAAGAUGGGACUAGGAAACUGUGUCCCUUCUACCAUAAGAAGCCGUUGCAGAAAACCGAGGAAGAGUGCAAGCAUGUAAGGGAGAAAUACCUUCAAAUGAGUACACUUGAAGUUUCAGAAGAAGUUCGACAGUACCUCAAAACACCCACCUUUGAUAACUGGCAGUGGGAAGAUGCAGAGAUUAUGGUUCUACUACAGGUGAUGUAUACUGACCUUGAAUUCAUGUCCAAGUUCAAUAUUGAAGUGGAAGUCAUGCAGCAAUUUCUUUAUGAGGUCUACAGCCAUUACAAUAAUGUUCCCUUCCACAACUUUAGACACUCCUUCUGUGUCACACAAAUGAUAUAUGGUUUGAUCUGGUUAACAGAACUGUACAGCAAGAUGGAAAUCAUUGACAUCCUAACCAUGCUGACAUCAGCAAUUUGUCAUGAUCUCGAUCAUACAGGUUACAACAAUGCAUAUCAGAUCAAUGCUCGCACAGAACUCGCUCUGCGGUAUAAUGACAUUUCUCCGUUAGAGAACCAUCACUGUGCAGUGGCAUUUCAAAUCCUUGAGAAGCAUAACAGUAACAUUUUCAGGAAUCUGAGUAAAGAGCAGUACAAAAGGAUCCGUGAGGGAAUGAUAAAGUGUAUUCUUGCUACAGAUAUGUCUCGACAUAAUGAGAUUCUAAACAAAUUCAAGACGAUUUUGCCUGUUUUUGAUUUCAACAACAAAGACCAUAAAGAUGUGCUUAUGAUGAUUAUGAUAAAGGUCAGUGACAUUUCCAAUGAAGCCAGACCUAUGGCUGUAGCUGAACCAUGGAUUGAUUGCCUACUUCAGGAGUUCUUCAAUCAGAGUGAUAUGGAAAAACUGGAAGGCCUACCAGUGUCUCCAUUCAUGGACAGGGACAAGGUGAAAAAACCCUCAUCCCAAACUGCUUUUAUUCGUUUUGUAUUGCUCCCUUUAUUCACUGAACUGGCAAACCUGUUUCCAAAUUUAGAGCAACACAUCAUUGAUCCUGUUCGAAAGGCACUUGACUAUUAUACUGAGAUGGAACGUUCACUAGAAACAGAGAAGCAAAACUGCAUGGCUAAUUCACAAAACAAGAAGCCAAGAUGUCCAGACAUUAAAAGAAACAAACUGAGGAACAUAUGUCAAGCUGAACAGGAAAAAAUAGUGCAACUGCCCAAAUUCAGUAAUACUACUUUCAAAUCUAAAGUUAAAACAUCUCAGAAAACUAUAAAGAACUAAUUGCAUCAACUGGUACUGAUUAAUACUACAUGGCAGUUCAGUUUUAUAAUCUACAAUCCACUUUAGAGCUUUCAAUAGGAUAAUUGUUUU